CGGCUCGAUUCGCGCGCGUGGGAGAGAGCAGGCGGGCGUGAAAACGACCAUCAAGGUCAACACUGGCCCAAGCCAAGCGUCCACCCGUCCAUUCAUCACCUGCUCCCGUGCACUGGGCAGCUCCUUCUCAUCACCUGCACGCCGCCGUCCGUCGUUGUGUCGACGUUCAUUUCUUCCUCCUCCACCACCCAGGACGGGCAUCUGCUUCCUGCAAACGCAUCUCUCAGACCGGCCACCGGCGGCUUUGUGCACUGUCGGGUUGUGGCUUGACAAAGGACGUGGGUGUGGCGGUGCCAGGACAGUUCACGAAGCGACUCGAAACAAGACGUGAUCGGCCAUUUCCUGCGACGUCCGACAGCUGCUAUCCAAACUCUACGUCCUUCGUCGCAGCAGGGCCAAGUCCUGGCUGGAAAACCAUCGUGAAGACCGCAUGCCAUCAUGCCUUUGUCCAACGAUGACCGGGGUUGGAUCAUGUCCGGCCUGAGUGGCGUGGCUUGCAUAUUCGGAGCCUCAUUCAUCUGUAUCGAUAUUCUCGUUCGCCAGUUCCCGGGAAAGAAAGGCUGGCGGAUACAAGACAGCGAUGCCUUCCUCUCCACGUCCCUAAGUCUGAGCUUUGGCGUCAUGUUGUUUUCCGCCCUAUACAACAUGCUGCCGUCGGCCAAAUCAUCCCUGAUGAAAGGCGGCUUCACGCCGAAAGAGGCAUCUUGGGUUCUGAUCGCGUGUUUCGCCGGUGGUGUGAUUGGCAUUCAGGUUAUUUCCAGACUGAUGCACCAUUGUGUGCCGCACAACGUCGUCGACUGCGAGCACGAACACGAAGAUGAAGAGGCCCAGAAGGAGGGCGGUGGUGACCACAGUCAUCAUGAGCAUGGCAACGGCCACCAGCACGAGCAACACGGCGACUCCUUGAACAGGUCAUCGAGAAAGAAAUCCCACAGGCAUUCCUCCAGGAGCCUGCAAAUGCAAGAAACGCACAAGUCGUCGUCGUACUUCAGCAGUCACCAGUCUUCACUCUCACAGGCCACGACGGCGGAGUCUGAACAUCUCAUGAAGCCCUCAAUCUCAGCCGAUGAUGCCGAGCGCAGGCCGACUUUGCAAGCUCGCAUCACUUCGAGCGUCUCCAAAUUGACAUCUGGAAAGGAUGCUGAAUGCGAAUGCGAUGGCCCUUGUUUCGGCUACAGCGAUCCCUGCCAAGCCAAUUGCUUUAAGACCGUAGCUGCUGCCGGCGGUCUCAAACUUCCCAAAGUCAGAGGGGGAGCACACCGCCCAGCGGUGGUCAAGAGUGCAACAGCCACAGAGUCAACACCUUUACUUCAAGGCAUAGCCGAGGAGCCGCUGCAACGGCCACAGACGCGAGCAAGGGCCGAGGGAGCGGCCGACUGCGAACACGAUCAUCACAACAGCGAUGGACCUUCAGAUAACAGCUCGACAACAGUUGCGGUUGAAGACGACCAUCUGCACAAAAUACAUUCUCACGACAACUCAACGACUGACGAACAACAACCUGAGCAUCAUCAUCACCACGUCCCUACAAAUGCAUUUAUGAACAUCGGACUCCAGACUUCAAUAGCCAUCGCCCUCCACAAACUUCCGGAGGGUUUCAUUACCUACGCCACCAAUCACGCCAACCCUAACUUGGGAGUUUCCGUAUUCUUAGCGCUUUUCAUGCACAAUAUCACAGAAGGCUUCGCCAUGGCGCUUCCCUUAUACCUGGCCAUCAACAAUCGAUUCAAGGCCAUGGUGAUAUCAUUUGUCCUUGGUGGACUUUCGCAACCACUUGGAGCAGGCGUUGCAGCUGUGUGGUUCAAACUCGCUGGUAAGAGCAAUUGGGCUCCCUCAGAGAGCGGUUACGGCGCCAUGUUUGCCAUCACGGCUGGCAUCAUGACGAGCGUUGGAUUGCAAUUGUUUGCGGAGAGUCUGGAUUUGACGCAUUCGAAGCAUUUGUGCUUCAUUGGAGCUUUUGCGGGUAUGUGUAUACUAGGCGCGAGCAGUGCGCUUACGGCAUGAUAGUUUGUACGAGUACAUGAAUUGCACGAAUUGAUGAAGUCCUCUCGAGGCUAUUUUUAAGAUACAUUCGAUCUAAAUCCUGUGAUCUGUUGAUGGGCGACUU